GGGGCGGCGCGGGCGGGCCAGCCGGGCUGUGCACCUGCGCCUCCGCGGGCUGCCUGGGGCACUGUCCCUGGUCCUCCCGGUCCCGCAAUGGCCAGGCCGCAGAGGACUCCGGCGCGCAGUCCUGACAGCAUCGUCGAGGUGAAGAGCAAAUUCGACGCUGAGUUCCGACGCUUUGCGCUGCCCCGCGCUUCCGUGAGCGGCUUCCAGGAGUUUUCUCGGUUGCUGCGUGCAGUGCACCAGAUUCCAGGCCUGGACGUGCUGCUUGGCUAUACGGAUGCUCACGGCGACCUACUGCCCCUCACCAACGACGACAGCCUGCACCGGGCCCUGGCCAGCGGGCCCCCGCCGCUGCGCCUACUGGUGCAGAAGCGGGAAGCUGACUCCAGCGGCCUGGCAUUUGCCUCCAACUCUCUGCAGCGGCGCAGGAAAGGGCUUCUACUGCGACCAGUGGCACCCCUGCGCACCCGGCCACCCCUGCUAAUCAGCCUGCCCCAAGAUUUCCGCCAGGUUUCCUCAGUCAUAGAUGUGGACCUACUGCCUGAGACCCACCGAAGGGUUCGACUGCACAAGCAUGGUUCAGACCGCCCUCUGGGCUUUUACAUUCGAGAUGGCAUGAGUGUGCGUGUGGCUCCCCAAGGCCUGGAGCGGGUUCCAGGCAUAUUCAUCUCCCGCCUGGUACGUGGGGGCCUGGCUGAGAGUACAGGGCUGCUGGCAGUUAGUGAUGAGAUCCUUGAGGUCAAUGGUAUUGAGGUGGCUGGGAAGACCUUGGACCAAGUGACGGACAUGAUGGUUGCCAACAGCCAUAACCUCAUUGUCACUGUCAAGCCUGCCAACCAGCGCAAUAAUGUGGUGCGAGGGGCAUCUGGGCGGCUAACACGGCCUCCCUCUGCAGGGCCUGGGCCUGCUGAGCCCGACAGUGAUGAUGACAGCAGUGACCUGGUCAUUGAGAACCGACCGCCUCCUUGUUCCAAUGGGCUGUCUCAGCCGCCAUGCUGGGACCUGCACCCCGGCUGCCUACUUCCGGGUGUCCGAAACUCUCUGCCCUCCCUGGAUGGCCAGGAACAGGCCAGCUCUGGCUGGGGGAGUAGCAUACGAGGAGAUGGUAGCGGCUUCAGCCUCUGACAGGCAAGGAUGCAGCCCUUUUCUAUUCUAGGCUGCUGGGACAUGGUAGGGACAUCCUGGUUGGGGCGGGGGUUAGCUUGCUUGUUCCAUUGGGCCCUCUCAGCCUGAGGAACAUUAAAAGUUUUCUACAAACACAG